AUGUCAGGCAGCCACAGCCAACAAUCUUGCAGAUCUUCCAGCGGGGACCGCCACCAGGGCUUCAGUGCCCACUCAGCUGUGGUGUUGGGCCAGAGCCGGGUCAGCUCCACCAGGUCCUCCUCGACAUCCCACUCAGGCAGGGGCGGUGGUGGGUCUGCUGCCUGUGCCAUGAUGGGAGGAGGUUUUGGCAGCAGGAGUCUCUACGACCUUGGGGGCAACAAGAUCUCCAUCAGCUUGGCUGGAGGCAGCUCCCGGGCUGGAGAGUUUGGGGGGGCCUGCAGAGGCAGUGGCUUUGGAGGUGGUGGAAGAGGGAUGGGUGGGGGCUUUGGUGGAAGGGCUAGGGGUUUUGGUGGAGGAGCUGGUGGCUUUGGAAGAGGAGCUGGGAGUUUUGGUGGAAGAGCUGGUGGCUUUGGUGGCCGUGGGGGCUUUGGUGGGCCUGGUGGUCCAGGUGGCUUCUCUGGGAGAAUCCAGGAAGUGACUGUCAACCAGAGCCUUCUGCAGCCCCUCAAUGUGGAGGUCGAACCCCAGAUUGGGCAAGUAAAGACCCAUGAGUGGGAGCAGAUCAAGACCCUCAACAACACGUUUGCCUCCUUCAUCGAUAAGGUGCACUUCCUGGAGCAGCAGAAUAAGGUCCUGGAGACCAAGUGGAGCCUCCUGCAGGAGCAGGGCUCUGGUUCUAAUACCAACAACCACAACCUUGAGCCUUUUUUUGAGAACUACAUCAGCAGCCUCAAGGCCUUCCUGGAUGGGCUGCACCUGGAGAAGGACAAGCUGCAGGGUGAGCUGAGGGGCAUGGAGGAAACUGUGGAAGACUUGAAGAAGAGGUACGAAGAGGAGAUCAACAAACGUACAGCUGCAGAGAAUGACUUCGUAGUCUUGAAGAAGGAUGUCGAUGCUACCUACAUGAUCAAAGUGGAACUGGAGGCUAAGGUGGAGAGUGUGACAGAUGAGAUCAACUUCCUGAAGGCCCUCUACGAUGCCGAGCUGUCCCAGAUGCAGUCAGAUACCAGUGACACAUCUGGGGUCCUGUCCAUGGACAACAACCGCUGCCUGGACCUGGACAGCAUCAUCGCUUAGGUCCGCGCUCAGUACGAGGUGAUUGCCCAGAAGAGCAAGGCCGAGGCCAAGGCUCUGUACCAGACCAAGUUAGGGGAGCUGCAGACCACGGCCGGCAGACAUGGGGAUAACCUGAAGAACACCAGGAAUGAGAUCUCAGAGCUCAACAGGAUGAUCCAGAAGCUGCAGGCCGAGAUUGAGAGUGUCAAGAAGCAGAAUGCCAACCUGCAGACAGCCAUUGCUGAUGCAGAGCAGUGCGGGGAGCUGGCCCUCAAGGAUGCCAAUGCCAAGCUUCAGGACCUCAAGGCCGCCCUGCAGAAGGCCAAGGAGGAACUGGCCCGGCUGCUGCGUGAGUACCAGGAGCUGAUGAAUGUCAGGCUGGCCCUGGACAUCGAGAUGGCCACCUACCGGACCCUCCUGGAGGGCGAGGAGUGCAGGAUGUCUGGAGAGUGCCAGAGUUCUGUGAGCAUCGAUGGUGCACAACAGCGGCGGGCGGCGGGGGAGCCCCGGGAGCCGGUGCCCCGGGAGGCGGCGCGCUGGGAGGCGGAGCUGGGGCCCGCGGGGGGCCUGGGAUCGGGGCGGGGCUCGGUGGUGGCGGGGAGGGGCUUCUCCGGUUCUGGGGGCUGCUGCGCCGUCAGCGGGGGCGGCAGCAACAGCUCAGGCCGCAUCUUGCAAAGCUCCUCCCAGAGCCAGCGGUCCCACCACAAAUUCUGA